GUUAUAAUUCAGCGUGGGAUAUAAUACCCUUGUCCUUAUUAGAAGACAACAAUUGAAACAUUGAAACAUUGAAACAUCUGAUGUGAAUAAUUUCAAUUGUACAACAAACAUCCAAGUUAGCAAAAUUCAACAAUAUAGCAAUAUCAGUCAUACCUAGGGUACCAUAUAUACUAUAUAUAUACUAUAUAUAUAUAUACUAUAACACCAUGGAUAUUCUCAAAGAUUAUCUCCCAGAAGCAAAAGGUUAUCUACCUUAUUACAUGUUGGUAACCUCCAUCCUUGCUGUUGGCAAUUGCAUACAAAACUACUCGACGCUACAUUACACGCGCCGUCUUUACCACGGGAAGUUCGUGCCAAAUCCCUCCUUACCACCCAAGUCCAACACCUUCGACCCCGAAGACUCGCGGCUGAAGCUUGUUCCGGCGUCCGCCGCAACCAACCCCAAGGGUGCGCGCGCACAGGACCAGGUCACUCCCCUAGCCGCACGCCUCUCCGGAACCUAUACUCUUAUCUCCGCCAUUGUGCGCAUCUACGCAAGCUACUACCUUCACGUGGCUCCCGUAUACCACAUCACCGUGUGCACCUACGUCGUCGCGCUUUUCCACUUCGGCACCGAAUUUGCUGUCUACAAGACAGCUCCAUUCGGCCUCCCGGUUUUCCUCCCUUUCCUAUUUGCCACGCUGGGUAUUACGUGGAUGACGACCCAAUACGGUUUCUACGUCCAGGUGUAAAUUGGAGGGGCAUGCCAUUAAUAAAAAUAACCCUUACACUAAGAAGUUGCAUGAUGGUGGGAACAGGUCAAAUGCUGAGGCCAUGAAAAG